AUGGAAUUUCUAGAUUUAUCUUAUAAUGAAUUGAGUGGGAUGAUUCCAUCUUCCCUUUGUUUGCUCACCCGACUUACAUACCUUGAUCUUAGUGGCAAUAUGUUCAAUGGAAGCAUACCUUCCUGUUUGGGCAACCUUUCUUCUUUAACUACGCUUCAUCUUAGUGCCAAUAUGUUCAAUGGAAGCAUACCUUCCUAUUUGGGCAACCUUUCUUCUUUAACUAGUCUUCAACUUGAAUACAACCAACUCAGUGGAAGCAUACCGGCUUCUCUGGGUAAUCUUUCAUCUCUUUCUUAUCUUGACCUUUCCGGGAAUGAAUUAAGUGGGAGUAUACCAGAUUUUCUUGGAAGCCUUUCUUCUUUAAAUGAACUUCAACUUGGACACAAUCAACUGAACGGUAUCAUCCCGUAUUCCUUGGGCAACCUCUCUUUACUGUCGUCUGUCGGUGUUAGCAAUAACAACCUAACUGGGACCGUUCCCCCUUCAUUUGCUCGGCUUUCCUCCCUCGCUAGUUUCUAUGCUGAUGGCAAUCAUUUCAAUGAAACCAUCUUUCCAUCGUCAUUUCCAGCUUCCUUAAAUGAGCUGUCCCUGUCAUUAAAACAGUCGAUUCCAGAAACUUUCUUUAAUAACCUUACAAACCUUUGGGGUUUGUAUUUAUUCGAUUGCGUGCUAAAUAUUAGCAAAACGUGGAUUCCACCCUUUCAGUUAUCCCAGUUACAAUUAGUGUCAUGUAUGAUUGACGGUGAAGUUCCACCAUGGCUUUCAACACAAUUCUCUCUUGAAUGGCUGGAAUUAGUUAACACUGGUCUAGUGGGACAAAUUCCCUCUUGGCUAUGUGAAACCAGUCCUAUGUUGUACGCUCUAAAUCUUUCAGGAAAUCAUUUAGAAGGAAGUUUAUUUUUGAAUGCUUCAAUAUGCAUGCACCUAGAAAUUCUAGAUGCGUCUAGAAAUAAAUUGAGUGGGCCCAUCCCAUCUAUGUGCUCUCCUAGUAUGGCAACAUUGACUCUCAGAGACAAUUUGUUCAGUGGCAAUAUUCCUGUGAGUUUGUCCAAAUGCUCUUCCCUCGGAGUCUUAAAUUUGGGAAAUAAUAGUUUGGAAGGAACCUUACCACAUGAGUUCAGUCAGUUAAGUGAAUUAUACUCAUUAGUUGUUCAUAAUAAUAAGCUCAAAGGAUCAUUGCCCUCCUCAAUAGCAAAUUGUUCAGAGUUACAAGUUCUUGAUAUUGGGAAUAAUUUAUUUGGAGAAGAAAUACCAUCAUCACUUAAAAAUCUUUCAAUGCUGAGAGUAUUGGUGAUGAAGGGGAAUAAUUUUACAGGUAGCAUUCCUCCAGAGCUUGGUCAAUUAACGAAUCUUCAGAUUUUACUUCUUUCUUCCAAUAAUAUCUCAGGUCCAAUUCCACACACAAUUGUAUUGUUGCAAGCAAUGAUGAUAGAAAGCCAAGAUGGUUAUCUAUUGUCCAAUCCUAAUACUACAGAAUUAUAUCAUGAUGGAAUUGAUAUGACUUUGAAAGGCACGGAUCAGCACUACACAUAUAUUCUUUCUACUCUCACAUGCAUAGAUCUCUCAAACAAUAAACUGGAGGGAGAAAUUCCUUUUAAUUUUGGAAAAUUGAAGGGGUUGAGGCUUCUAAACCUUUCAAUGAACAACUUGAAUGGGACCAUUCCAAAUAGUUUGGGAGAAAUGAGACAGUUGGAGGAACUGGACCUUUCAAGAAAUCAUUUUUCUGGACAAAUUCCUGCAGAGCUUGAAUCUCUAAGUUAUUUGGGCUCACUGAAUUUAUCAAACAACAAUCUUUCAGGAAGUAUACCACAAGGACGACAUAUAACUGGUACAUUUGGAGAAUCCUCUUAUUCAGGGAAUCCAAAUUUAUGGGGCUGCCCCUUACCCCAAAAUUGUUCUUGGCCACAAUUUGUUGCCCCUCCUCGUCUAGUUUUAGUAAACAAAGGAAAGAAAAUCAUUGAAUAUCCAUGGUAUAAGAUAGCAGUGGGACUAUCAUAUGGAGCAGCUUUUGGAGGGAUAAUUUCAUUGAUUGUGUUAAAAAUCAAUUGGAGAAGGAAGUACUUCAAUAAAAUUGAUACAAUCUUGAAGUUUUUAUUUCCAUGGAUGAAGAAUUGGACACUAUGA